AUGAGUGCUGCGAGCGACGAGAUUGACGACGAUGACAGUGACGCGAGGGACAGCCUCCUGGCUCGCCGCCGCAUAACCGUCGCAAAGGACGACGAUGACUCGGAUACCGACACGGAAGACGAGAAUGACGAUGCGCACCAUCGCCGCCGCCCAGACUCGUAUAUGCAUACACUCCGCCCCUCCCGUGAGCGACGUCGUUCAUGGUGGGCAUCCCUGACUGCCUCCAAGGUAUCGGGCUCCUCCCUCUCCAUCCCGCACGUAACCAUCAACCUCUUUGCGGCCAGCCUUCACCCGGCCGUACUGCUCAGCACGCCAUUCUACUUUUCGCGGACGGACAUCGGGCCAGGAAUUGCUGGCUUGGUAUUGGUGGGAGUUCUGGGCGGAGUAGGGGGAGGACUGUGGGUCGUCCUCUCGCGCUACGUGGGCGGGUCGACACUCGAAGCAAUAACGGCCGCCUCCAUCGGUGGACGAACCUCACCGCGACGUUCUCAGCUGGGUCGACUGCUGGCUGCGGGCCUUCUCGCCGUCUACUCGACGGGAUCGGCUCUCGUGGCACAUCUGGCUUUGGUGGAUAUCCUCCUCCAAGCCUCGCUGCCUUACCUCCCUCGCACGCUCAAGCAGGAAAGUCGCGCCAUCCUCACCUUCAUCGCCGCCGCAAUCGUCACAGCACCGCUCGUGCUGAUUCCAUUGGCGAAGCGAACCAUGAUCCGCCUCGCAACGGCGACGGCGCUGUGCGUGUACCCGCUCGUGCUGGCCAUCCUCUUCUCGCGCGUCUUUACGGCUAUUCCUCCAGCGCCAGCAACAGCUCAGCCAGCAGUGCCGCAACCCGCUCACCUCUCGCCGAGGCACAAGGCCAUCUGGGCUCCCCUGUCCCUCCUCCCGCUCCUCACCCUGUCUUCGUCCCCGCUGCAGAUCCUCCUGCACAACCGGUCGCUGCGACGCAUGCCUUCGCAACGAAGCGCCGGUGCGCAGUCCGGGUCAAACGUAAAGGCCUUCCUUGGCUGUCAGGCGGCGCAGGUGGCCUUGGUGGUAGGGAUGUCCAUCGGUAUUGGCGUAGGGCUGGGACGCAGGGGGAUUGAGGAGCACCUCGGCAGGGAGGUGAGGCCGAAUUUGUUUUCGAGCUUGUUGGGAGGCGAGGCAGAGGAGGGCGAUCGCUGGAUCAAUGCAGCACGACUACUCUACGUGGGCCUGCUCGCUACACACUUUGCCCUCUGUCUCAGCAUGGGCCGGGCCAGCUGGGCGCGUGCUGCGCGAGUCGUCGGGGUCAAUCCG